UGUGUUGAAAUUGUUGUAUUACCACAUAACUAGUUUAUUGGUUGCAAUGGGAAAUAAACUAUUAACAUUUACCGAACAACAGUUGGAGAAUUACCAGGACUGCACGUUUUUCACAAGAAAAGAAAUUUUGAGGCGUUUAAGAGUGCAUAAAAAAUUCAGAGAAAUCCGACCCGAUUUAGUUCCGAAGAGAAUGCGACAAAAUGAGCAAGUCACAAUUAGAGUGCCUUUAGAAGACGUCGUCGAAAAACUUCCAGAGUUACGAGAAAAUCCUUUCAAACAACGCAUUUGUGAAGUAUUUUCUCGUGACGGGAAGGGUAAUUUGUCGUUUGAGGACAUUUUAGAUCUUCUUUCGGUUUUCAGCGAGCAGGCACCCAGGGACAUAAAAGUGUAUUACGCUUUUAAAAUUUAUGAUUUUGACAAUGAUCGACACAUUGGCACCGAGGAUUUAGACAGUGCAUUAGUCCUGCUCAUGCGUCAGGAGCUGUCUCCAGAGGACAGACAGCAAAUUAUUGAAAAAGUUAUCGAGGAAGCUGACGUGGAUGGGGAUGGGAAACUCUCGUUUAUGGAGUUUGAGCACGUAAUAACUAGAGCUCCGGAUUUUCUUUCGACUUUUCAUAUACGAAUAUAAUUUACAUACACACAAUCCAGUUUUCAAAUAUACGUUCAAACAACAA